CUAAUUGAAGAUUUAAGACAAAAUUAAACCCUCUAGUCCCUUCUUCCCCACUCUAUUUCUCUCAAAAGGCUCGAAGCUGUCCAAAGACUCCAACUUUAACUCGAUUCGUGCUCAGGAACUUAGGAAUUUGAAGUCCUUUUUUUCCAGCGAAGUCGAGCCAUAAUACCCAAUUCUAAUCCUUUGUUUGCUCAAUCCAAAUUUAUCGCUCGAUUUUGAUUUGUCUGUAAUUAGCCUCACAAACCCUUUCGGAAAUCAUUUAGGAAAGCCAUGUUUUGAUCUACAAUGGCGGCAGUGACUUUAUCCAUGGUGCAACCCUGUGGCAUGUGUUGUGCUGGUAGAAGAUUGCGUAGUGUGAUUGUAAUCCAAGCUCAGAGAGGAAACUGGAAUCGAAUGAGGUUGAGUGAGUUCUUCUUCUCCAAAGUUUGGAACAUAUCUUAUCGUUCAAAGCAUAAAUUUUCUGACAAUAUUCUCGAACAAGUUGAGAAGUAUGCCACUGCUCGGCUCGAAAACCAGUCCAAGCUGAUUACCAAGGUUGCAGCUUUGAUGGAGUAUGAUAAUGUUGAUGAUUUUAUUGAUAAGAAAUCUGAUGACCAAGUUAAGAAAGAUCUUGUAUUGGCGUGUAAGAGAUUCCCUUCUAUCAUCCUUGGUGAUUCUCGUCCGGUGGAAUUAUACGGCUAUACCAAAUCGUCUGAUGAACCAAGGGGUAUUCUUCCCACUCCUAUUAUAGGAUCUAUGCCUGGGUUAAGUAAGAGGCACAGUAAUCAGCUAGAUACCUGCGGCUUUCACACGAUGAAGAAGCUAUUGCAUCAUUUUCCUCGAACCUAUGCAGAUUUGCAGAAUGCACAGGUUGAUAUUGAGGAUGGACAGUACUUGAUAUUUGUUGGCAAAGUCUUGUCUUCCAAGGGAGUUAGAGCUAGCUCUUCAUUUUCAUUUCUCGAGGUUAUUGUCAGCUGUGAAAUCUCAGACAGGGACAGAACUCCGGAGAAUCUGAGUUGUAAUGAUGAAGACAAAGCAAGAAAAUCAAUUUUUUUGCAUCUGAAGAAGUUUUUUAGGGGGACUCGCUUUACCUGGCAACCCUUUCUUAAUGCUAUUCAAGAGAAACAUAAAGUCGGGGACCUUGUAUGCGUUAGUGGGAAGGUAAAGUCAUUACGUGCAGACAAUCAUUUUGAAAUGAGGGAAUACAAUAUUGAUGUUCUCAAAGAUGACGAAGAGUCAUCUCUUCGAGCCCAGGGGAGACCAUAUCCUAUAUACCCUUCAAAAGGAGGGUUGAACCCAAAGUUCCUUAGCGAUGUCAUCUCCAGGGCUCUGCGGAUCCUUCCCGCCAAUAUGGAUCCAAUUCCUAAGGAAAUCACUACAAUUUUUGGCCUACCAUCUCUUAAUGAUGCGUACGUUGGUAUUCACGAGCCCAAGACUUUAGAUGAGGCUGAUUUAGCUCGCAAAAGGCUUAUAUUCGACGAGUUCUUUUACCUACAGUUAGCACGCUUGUACCAAAUGCUACAAGGCCUUGGCACAAAAAUAGAGAAAGAUGUAUUGCUGGAAAAGUUUAGAAAGCCAGUGCUUAAUUCCGUUUAUAUUGAAGAAUGGUCCACUCUCACCAAGAGUUUUCUGAAGGCUCUACCAUAUUCCCUUACUCCUAGCCAACUAAGUGCUGUCUCAGAAAUUAUAUGGGAUCUAAAGCGCCCGGUUCCAAUGAAUCGGCUGCUGCAGGGUGAUGUUGGAUGUGGCAAAACAGUUGUCGCUUUCUUAGCGUGCAUGGAGGUCAUAGGAUCUGGUUACCAGGCAGCUUUCAUGGCUCCCACAGAAUUACUUGCCAUCCAGCAUUAUGAACAGUGCCGUGAUCUAUUAGAGAAUAUGGAGGGAAUAACAUCAAAGCCAACAAUUGGGUUGCUCACAGGUUCAACUCCGGCAAAGCAGUCACGUAUGAUCCGGCAGGAUCUUCAAAGUGGAGCUAUAUCGUUUAUAAUUGGAACUCACAGUCUGAUAGCUGAAAAGAUAGAGUACUCUGCAUUACGUAUUGCCGUAGUUGACGAGCAGCAACGGUUUGGUGUAAUCCAGAGAGGAAAGUUUAACAGCAAGUUAUAUGGGACAUCUAUGAUAUCAAAAAGUGACUCAUCUGACUCUGAUGAUACUUCCAAAACCGAUCUCAGUAUGGCUCCUCAUGUUCUUGCCAUGUCAGCCACCCCUAUCCCGAGAUCACUUGCCUUAGCUUUGUACGGAGAUAUUUCUUUGACCCAAAUUACUGGUAUGCCACUUGGAAGAAUACCAGUUGAGACGCACAUUUUCGAGGGAAAUGAGAGUGGCAUCAAGGAAGUCUACUCAAUGAUGCUGGAAGACCUGAAGUCUGGAGGGAGAGUGUACCUUGUGUACCCUGUUAUUGAUCAAUCAGAGCAACUGCCACAGCUCCGUGCUGCCUCUGCGGAGCUCGAAAUAAUAACCAAAAAAUUUCCAACGUACAACUGCGGACUGUUACACGGAAGGAUGAAGAAAACACAGAUACUUCUCUCCACCCAGGUGAUAGAGAUAGGUGUUGAUGUUCCAGACGCAUCAAUGAUGGUUGUCAUGAAUGCUGAGAGAUUUGGAAUCGCUCAGUUACACCAACUCAGAGGACGUGUUGGGCGUGGAACCAGAAAAUCGAAAUGCUUAUUAGUUGGGUCAACCCCCAAUAGCCUUAAACGGUUGAAUAUGUUGGGGAAAUCGUCAGAUGGGUUUUACUUGGCAAAUAUAGACCUUCUUCUACGUGGACCUGGUGAUUUGCUUGGGAAGAAACAAUCUGGGCACUUACCAGAGUUCCCGCUCGCUAGACUAGAAAUAGACGGCAAUAUGUUGCAGGAAGCCCACAUCGCCGCUUUGAACGUUCUAGGAGAUUCUCAUGACCUGGAGAAAUUUCCAGCGCUAAAAGCUGAGCUUAGCAUGAGACAGCCACUUUGUCUUCUGGGCGACUAAAAAGGUUGCACAAGCUACAGUGUACAUACAUAGUACAUACUUGGUAUGUCCUUUUGGUUAUUUUGGUACUAUGACAUGUUGUAGUAGACUAGUAGUAGUAGUGGUAAUAUAGUCUUUGGGUGUCAAUUUCAGAUUAAGCAUAACGAGCAUAGAUCAAACAUGUUUUGGUGUCAUAUAAGCUUUAUAUUUUGUGUCCAACAAGAGACCCAUUCAUGUGAAAAAAAAAAAAGAAGAAUACUUGACUUGGAGUUUGAUGCCUCUGAAUAGGACGUCAACUAAUGGGAUCUGUAAAAGUGAAAAAUAAGUGGUGGCUUUAUGCUUGCUAUGUUUUUAUUUGAAGAGUUUUGUGGAGUGUGAAGUAAUAUAGAAAGUGGUAAUAGGAAUGAGAAAUGGUGUGAGUGACACACAGGAGUCUUUUGGGGGUUAGCAACCAACCAAUGAGGGAGAUUCACGGGGAGAGGAGAGACAAAGAGACAAGUGGUGACCCACAAAAUGUUUCCUACCCAAUCAUCAAACGAUAGGACCCACUAACCUCCUUGUCUCCUCCUUUGUCCUUCACUUCCCAUAUUGAAACUUGAAGUGUUGGCAACUUGUUUCACAUCUUAUUGACACUGCUUGUGCCUAAAUCAUUCUGCGUCUUCUUUGUCUGCAUCUUUUAACACUUGCAAACUUUUUCAUCACUCCGUUGUACUAGCUUUUACUAAAUCUAAACUGUAUGUAUCGAGUCUAUUAGGGAUUUAACAUGUUUCGGCAAUAGAUCAUCAUCGGUUGAGAUAGAAGUAUAGAACCAUACAAAAUAAUAUUCACAUA